AUCUAUGCGGACCCUGCCAAAAGGCUGGAGCUGUAUUUCCGCCCCAAGGACCCCUACUGCCAUCCUGUGUGUGCCAAUCGCUUCCCCACCUCCACCAUGCUGCUCAAGGUGAAGAGGAGGACCAAGAAGAAAAAGCAGAUGGACAGUGAAGAACAAAUCCAGUCAGAAGUCCAGUUUGAAAUGGAAAUACUUGGGACUGUCACCACUGUUUACAAAUUUCAAGGAAUGUCGGAUUUCCAGUACCUGGCAAUGCACUCUGGUCCUGACGGCAAACAAACCUCCAUGUAUGACAAAGUCUUAAUGCUCAAACCAGAGAAGGAAGAAUUUUUCAAUAGAGAAUUACCGCUCUACAUCCCGCCACCAAUUUUCUCACGUCUGGACACUCCUGUUGACUAUUUUUAUCGGCCAGAUAUACAACACCGGGAGGGAUACAACAAUCCCCAGGUGUCUGGUGAGAACCUGAUUGGCCUCAGCAGGGCCCGUCGCCCGCACAACGCUAUCUUUGUGAACUUUGAUGACGAAGAAAUCCCAACGAAACCACUGGAUGCUGCCGUGCAGACCUGGAAGAAAGUGUGCACCAAUCCUGUGGAUAAAAAGGUGGAGGAAGAGCUGAGGAAG